UCGCCUUUCCUGUUUAUGGGAUCUCCUUGUGCUGUUGUGAACUUGCCCUUCCAGUUCUAAGAAGUCUGAAAUAGUGAAAUUGUGUUUAAAGGGAAGCAGGACUAGUAUAGGAGGAACUGAGAAGCAAGACCAGUUCAGAGAUCACGGCAGAAAUGAUGGAGGUUGCAGCCAUGACCACCUGUCUGCUGUCUCUGUCUCUCUGACCAGUCCAUGCCUUGAGCUGCCGACCUUACUUUUCUCCAUGAUUUGCUCUACAAAAGCUUACAUAGUGCACCUUGAAAGUUUUGGAGAUGACUGCAUUCUUGGGAGCUGCAAGAAAUCUCAACUCUCUGGUACUAGAAACACGGCAUAAUUAUCACAGCACAUAUCAUACUGUAUUUUGCAAAUGCAGAACAGGGAGACAGCACACCCACUAAAAUACAAGGAGAUGUGUGCAGGGAUUGGACCAUUAGUUUAACUGAUUCUUUUAAUGCCCUGGAGAUCAGGAAUUCAGAAGCUUCACAUGGCUAAGCGUCAGUUUUUAUGGUCUGCACUUUACUCACCUGCAAGUUUCAGGCUUUCAGACUUCAGUUUCUUGCCCAUUUAAUUCUUUUCUUGAAGCCGCACCCGUCAGCCGUCCGAUCCAGCGAUCCAACGUGCUCAGAUUUGGCCAGCAUGAAGGCAUGAACAGAGCUGGCGCCUCAGGUGCAGGAUCCUGACGACCUGCGUCUCUGAAGGGGGAGAGGGGCUUCUUUUCUCAGAUUUGUGAAAAAUGAAGCCGCCUUUGGAAAGGAACCCAUCCAGGAAGCGCCAUUCAUGGUGGUGGGAUAGUCACAUUAGCCCCAAGAACUCAAAAUGGCUUGCAGAAAACCUCGAAGAAAUGGAUAAGCAAGUGAAGGAAAUGGUGCAGCUUAUUGAGGAAGAUGGCGACUCCUUUGCAAAGAAAGCUCAAAUGUAUUAUCAGAGGCGCCCAGUGCUCGUCACCCAUGUUGAGAACUUCUACCGGAUGUACCGCGCUUUAGCUGAGCGCUACGACAAUGUUACCGGUGAACUGCGCAAGAACAUCCCUUCAAGGAUGCAGUCCCAAGGAUCGUUAUCCGGCUCUGAGUUCGGUUCAGAGCUGCAAAGGUCGCCCACACCAUCUCCUGAGCCACAGAAGUCCUGGACAAGGGAGCAGAGCCCUAGAGCCGCCGGUUUCGAUUUCUUUCUGAGUAACAAGAGCAAUGACUCACCAUCCUCAAGGAAGGAGCCUGAGUCAGCUUCACAGUCAGAAUCCGACAUGAAGUCUGAGGAUGGCGACGAUGAUGGCAUUGCCUACACAUUGCAUCAGAGAGUUCUCGAGCUCGAGGACGAUCUCAACGCCGCGAACCGGAAGCUGCUUGAUGCAAACGAAAAGCUCGAGGUUUUCGAGGAGAAGAGCCUGAGGUGCCAUUGCGAUUAUAUGGAAAAUGGAAAUGGCUCCGAUCAUGCUCCCAAAAUUACAGACAUCAAUGGAGAGUUCGCGUCAACUAAGGAGAGGCUACAAUCUUCACAAGUGGAGAUCAACACUCUCGAAAGGAGGCUCGAGGACGCCGCAAUUUUAUCAGAAGAGCACUCUAGGCUGCUGGAACAAAACAAGGGACUGGAAGCUGAAAUCGUCAGUCUGAAAGAAGAAAUGGCUUCAGCUAGAAGGCGUUUCGACGACAAACUAUCCGAGAGCGACGCCGAGAUCAGCAAGUACAGGCAAGAGCUUGCUGCUGCAUCUCAGAAGCUGCUGCAGGAGAAGUCCACCAACAGUGCAGAGGUGGGUAAGCUGCAAGAGACUAUCCGGAUCAGCAGUCGCGAGCUGGAAAAAGUUUCUGAAGAGAAAUCUCUGGUGGAGCAGCAGGUGAAGGAGCUGGAGGAGGCGAACGCCGAAGCCGAAAGGCAGAGGCAGGAGCUCGUCCAUGCCGCCGAAAUGCUGUCGGAGGACAAGUUCAGACACGAAGCUGAGAUCCUGACGAUGCAGCAGAGCAUCGAGGACCUGAAGCCGAAACUCGAGAGCAUCGCAAGAGAGAAAUCGCUGCUGAAACUCUGGUUCGCGGAUCUGGAGCGUGUCGUGGAGCGAGGAAGGAGCGUCGUCAUUCCCCCGGAAUAACCCGGUUUCGUCGGGAAAAUUCAGUAGCUAGAAUUUAGUAAACUAGCAGUGCUAUCUCUUUAUUUUUUUGGCCUGAGAUACAACAUCACGCAAAACUGAGAAAGCCUACCAUGGACAUCAGUGUUGCCUUUUCUUGGAUUAUUUAUUGCACUGUGAGGUGAUGGGUGGUGGUCAUGGUGUAUGAAACAUUUGCACUGAACGCAUUUCCUUUGGCAAUAAACUGUGUCCGAUGA